UACGAGACGCAACCACUUGUUCUUGCCAGCGCUGUUAGCUCGUCAUUCUCUGGCGCGUUUGCAUUCAGUUCCUUGCAGCUCAGCCUCGAGCUCGGCUUACCAAUCUACUGGCAGGCUUGUGGUUUGCCUCUUCUCGACUCCUCAUUCUCACCAGCACGCAGCCAACGUCUCAGUCUUGCCGAGCUGAUUCUUGACGCAGAGGAUUGGCUUGUUGCUCAGACAGGCCUCCGGACGGCAGAUGAGUCUGCCUACCCUGGGGACAGGGGUGAUGGGGUCCGAUGCCUCUGCUCUGAGCCCGGCAACCGGCCGUGUCUGCUGGUACAGAUUGAUGUCUGGAGAGAGCCACUGUCUAUCCGCGAUGGAGACUGGGAAAAAGGUGGAGUAGGCGACUUCGAAGAAUUCGUCCCAUCUCCUUUCUCUAUCCUUGUGCCAUGUUUCCCCUUAGCCUCUGAACUUAAUUCGAUUCAUUUCCAAACAUUUAUCCUGCACAGUAAUCAGCAUCGUUAUUUGAAAAAAACAGUCUCCUUAAGCGACACAGGUAUCAAUUACGACAGUUACCAAUGGACUCGUUCGUCUACCGAUGGUUUCGAGCCUGGCGCCAACUGUCGCCUGUUAAGUCCGUCCGAAAGUGGGCACCACCUCGUAGCGACAACACGCUGUUGCCUCGGCCAGUUGUUGCUUUCAUCCACUGGCUGCAUGGGCCCUGUUUGGCAGGCGCUAAUGGCGGUCAGCCGAACGGCCCAAGAUCAAGGGGUCGUCUGA